GAGGAUGUGGUGCGGCGCCAGCGGGGAGAGGCGGCUGCAGCCGCGGCCCCGGCCCCAGCCCCAGCGCGGAGGGCUGAGCCCAGGUGAUCAGGGUCAUUCACUGCCUCCUGUCUCUUUUCAUAAAAAGAAGCUGGCAAAGAGACCAGGAUACAUGAGACCAGAAGCUCCGCAACAGAUAGAAUUUCAUCCUCCUGCUGACUGUGAGCCAUUCAACCCAAAGGGGCUUGAACAUGGCAGAAAGCAUUGUGAAGACUUCAAGAACUGCUCUCUGCACAGACUAUGCAAAAAUGACUUUGAAUCCUUAUACUGUAAUUCAUCUGUAAACAGUACCAUAGUUACCACCAAUGUGGUAACAACAUCGAUCACUGCUGGAAAUACGACAGGAAGCCUCAGAAAUCUGUCAGAUCUCAGGAUUCAGCCGUCAGAAAAUGUAAUUCUGCCGGUUUGUCCUGCAGCUGCCCCAUGUAAAAGAGACUUCUUACCUGUGUGCAGUUCAAAUACAUGGCAGACUAAUCUACUAGCAACUACGUGGGAGACAAUCCAUGGGGCUAGAGUAAAGGAACCACAGAAAAUGUACACUUUGGAUCAGAAGGAAGUGAACAAUAACUGUGAAUAUAACAACAAAGAAGUCACUUCUUACUCGUCCAGUACUUGGGAUAGCUUUAAUUCAAAUUUCAGCUUCAUACAGCUCUCACUGAACUCACGUUUUGAAAAAAGUGACACUGAAGGCCAGUCAGAUGGCAGGACAAUGGAACACACACUGCAAACAAAUGCAACAGGACAAAUAGAAAAUGUUAAUUUACAUGAACCAGGGGAGAGACUAAGAAGUUCACAUAAAGACAUAGGGGCUUCAUCUUGUAUUUGUAAGCAUGGUGAGGGUUAUCAGUGUGCAAGAGGGACUUUAGUGGAUGAUAAAUUGCAGGAUUGUGAGAUGGUAUCUCUUUCGGAUACAGAUGCAGCAUUUUCAUGUUCCACAGAUUCCUCAGAUGCAGCAUCUGCUGGUUCUUCUGUUACCUCAGGCUAUGAAAGUAGCUUUACUGUUAGUGAUCACAACUGGGACACCCUGAUGAGGAAAUAUGAACCGGUGCUAUUGGACUGCUUGGUUGACAACCGUAGUACAUUAAAGAUAAAAUCCUUAAUGUUAAGGCUUCAGAGGCUUCAAGAAAAAGCAAUAGAGGAAGAUGACUAUGAUAAAGCUGAUACAUUUAGAAGGAAACUAGAAGAACUGGAGCGAGAGAAGAAUUCUUCAAAAUUUCAGCUUCCUUCAAGGCAUCCUUCAAUUAUCAGCUUCUUGGACAGAUUCAGUGCACAAGUUCAAGCAGCGUUGUUCUGGGCUGCAGAUCGGGUUGGAAGUGAAGAAGCACAGCUCUGGCAAAAAAACGAGCAAAAGCUUUUGAGUCCUGCUUACCAGAAGAGGAUACAGGUUUCAGCUACAAAAAGAAACCAGCUUCUUCAAGAAAAGCAAUGGUUGCAGAAAGAAAUUGAAGACCUCAGAGCAAGGCUGGCUGUGCUAGAAGCAAAAGAUCAACAGUUAAGACGAGAUAUUGAAGAGCAAGAUAGGCUUAUUCAGUCGCAGGACUGCGAGUUGACUGCCUUGCUUAGCUGCGUAUCUUUGAGAGAGCUACAGGAAAUAAGCAAGGCCUUAGAUGACACUUUAGCAUUGUCAGAUCAAAUUCCAUUUAGCUUGGAUCUCCCUGGGACCAUCAAGAGCCUUCAGGAAAAAGAACAGUCACUUAGCAUGUCCAUUAAAGAAACGACUGCCAAAGUUUGUGCAAGUCAGAAUCUAUGCAGUACUUUGAGGAGAAAAGUGAGUGAUAUUGAGACCCAACUACCAGCUUUACUUGAAGCCAAAAUGCUUGCUGUAUCAGGAAGUAAUUUCUGUACUGCUAAGGAUCUUGCAGAAGAAAUCAGAUCAUUAACAUCUGAGAGAGAAGGGCUGGAGGGACUUCUCAAUGAGCUGUUGGUGCUGAAUGCCAGAAAUGUCCGAAAAUUAGAGGGAAUUAAAGAAGAUUUCAACAGAUUGAAACAAGAACUGGAGCAGGGGAAGUCUGCCUUUGAGACAAAUGUGAAGGAAAAUGCUGUGAAAUUCAUGGAGAUGCUGGAGGAUAAGCUGCAUAGCUGUGGGAACCAGCUGCUCGAAAGAGUGUGGGAAGCUGACUUGGAGGCCUGUCAGCUGUUGAUCCAAGGGUUUCAGCUGAAAGAAGCUGGUUGCUGUGUUUCAGAGGGAGAAGAGGGCCGAACAGAUGAGAUGGAUGCUGCUACUGAUCACUAUUCGGACACAGAGAGAGGAAAAGAAAGCCACUUUCCAAAAGGGGCAGAGCGGGGCGCUGUUCCAUGCCCCAUUGCUCAAACCAAAUGCUGUGAACUCAAAGAGGUUGUGGAGGAUAUUUCAUUUGGUACAGAUGAUUUGUAUGAGGACUUCCACGUAUUUUCUGCAGAACUUGGUGAAAAAUGUGAAGCAAUAAGUGAGAAACUGAUGCAAUUAGAAGAUCAACUCCAAGCAGCAGUCUGCAACUUGGAUGACAAUUUUAUUCAGUCUCUACAGAGGGAGAUCCAGAUGGUGAAGGAAACUCUGCAGGCCAUGCUGAUGCAGCUCCAGCCGGAUAAGGAGGCAAGAGAAGAUGAGGCUGGAACUUCCUCUGUGACAGCUGGUGUCCAGGAAAACAAGACUUAAAGAAAUAAUGGGGGGUGGGGGGGUUCUGGUGUUUUAAUGUUAAUUCACAAAGGGUUGCUUUUAGUAACUGAAUACGGUCUUACGAAGCCUUGAGGAUCUCUUCUCUCCCUGCAUAACUAAUAACUAAAUCAAUUAUGGAGAAAUGGAGCCUGGAGGUUUAUCAACAGAAGUGUUCUACACAGCUUCACAUGUUCUGGCACAGACUGGAAAACAGCUUUCAGAGCAGAGCAUCUCCUGUAAUUGUGUAGAUUACAAAUUGAUCUAUUUCAAGUGAUUCAGCAAAGUCUCCUUUAAUGUCAGAGUGAGAUUUUUCUAACAAUGUUAUAAACAACUUCCUUACUUGUGCAUUCUUCAGUCUUUUUCUCCUUCAACAUGUAAUGUUAAAGGCAGUAUUCUUCAGUAUUGCUGAGAGAAUAAGUAAUUUUUUGCCUUUGUAACAUCUUUCUUACACCCAAGUUAUUUUCAGAUUCCUACGAAAUAUAAAACCACUAGGAUAGAAUUCAAAAUAACCAAAUUCUUCUAACUUAUAUUAGGACUGCACUUACCCACUGGCAUUCAACAUAGCAGAGAUAAUUAACAUAAGACUAGAGAAUAAUAGCUUUUCAACCAUUUUCAUUUACAUUUUAUAGCAAAUGCGUAUUAAUACCAAAACCUCAGAACAUUUAAAGUGAUAACCUGCUGAUUUGUGGUUUUUAUAUUUGAAUACUGUACGAACAUUAAGUAAUUUUUCUUAAUAUUAUGCUUACUUCUUUGACCUGCCCUAUAUUGUCAUAAAAAAGAAAGGUUUUUGGGUGUGUAUAUACAUAUGUAUGUUUGAUAAAGUUAUAUUAUCUGUUUAAUCUCUUUGUUUGCUACAGAAAAAAAGAAAAGGAAUGGAACUAAACCCAGCUAAAUAUUGGUGAUUUACAAUGGUGCAGUGUUCAGACAAUUUGUAAAUUGUGUACUCAUAAAUCAAAACAUUCUCGCUUGGAUGCUAAAAUAAACUGAGGUUAUCACAUUUUCA